UAUUUAGUCAUACCUCCGCUUGGGCCGGCGAAUUGCCACCAUGCAAGGCAUGCAAGGUGGACCCUGGGGAGGGGCUUCGGCACAGGCGGCUGCAGGCUGGGGCGGUGCAGGCGCUCCGACAGGCGCUCCGACAGGCGCUCCGACAGCUGGAUGGGCAGGCGGCUAUAGCCCAGUGCACUCCGCUGGCGGCGCAAGGCCAAGCCCCUACGGUGAGGCCAGUUCAAUGGGCCAGUUCGGCGCUGGAGCGCCGCAGCUGAUGAAGCAUGACCUGGUGGAACAGGUCAAGUCGGUGCAACGGAGCACAGAGCUCGGAAAGCUGAAGUGGGAGGAGUUCUGGGGCACGAUGCGCACUGGAAACCGGGACCCAAUCAGAUACACGGCGCAGGCCUUGCAGAUGUUUUUGGAGAACUACCAACGUGGCGAGCCCUUCGCUCCGAUCUUGAGCAAAGUCCUCCGCUUGCGGGGAGUGCCCUUCCAAAGUGAACUGCAAGACGUCGUUCGGUUCCUGGCGGAGUAUGGCAUUGAUGGGAGCUGCGUGGUGGUCGUUCUAGGCCCUGACGGCCGAAAGACCGGUGAGGUGUACGUCACCUUUCCCUCGGAGGGUGUGGCUGAGAGGGUGCUGCAGGAGAAGCAACGCCAGGAGAUCAACGGUCGAUACAUUGAGAUCUUCAGGGCCAGUGAAGAGGAUCGUGAGGAAGCCCGCGCAAUCUUUGACGCCUAUCAGGGCCACGGUGUCCACGGUGGUGGCUGUGGUGGCUGUGGCUGUGGUGGCGGCUUAGCCGCUGGACAUGGCCUCGCUGCACAUGGUCGUGGUUCUUCAGCCUCCUUCGGUGGGGGCGACGGGAAUAAGGAGGCCUUGGUCAUGGAGGUGAAGCAGAUCCAGCGCUCCAGCACCGGCGGACGAGAGAGGUGGCAAAAUUUCUGCGAAGCCUUGCGGACGGGCAAUCGAGACCCUUUACGGCACAGCUGCGAGACCUUGCAAGCCUUCAUCCAGGCCUGCAAGACAGGGGCUGAUCUGGAGCAGAUUGCAUUUCAGUUGAGUACCGCCCUCAGCCGAGAGCGACCCAUC